AUGAUUGAGGGUGAAAUUCCUCAGGAGCUGCAGGGCACGCUUCUGAGGAAUGGGCCGGGACUCUUUGAAGUUGGGGGUUCAGCUAUUUCACAGCCGCUGGAUGGGGACGGAAUGGUGUGCUCUUUUGCGUUCAAGGAUGGAAGGGUGUUUUUCCGGAACCGCUUUGUGCGCUCCGAGGCCUUUGUAAAGGAGCAGCAGGCGCAGAAGAUGCUCUACAGGGGGGCCUUCUCGGUCGGCAACCCCUCUGGAGGCCCCUUCUUCAACCCCUUUGAUUUUACCGUCAAAGGGAUUGCAAACACCAGCGUUCUGUACUGGGGAGGGAAGCUGCUCGCCCUUUACGAGAGGGACCUGCCGUAUGAGCUGGACGCCACGCUGCGCACGCUGGGAACCACAGACCUGGGCGGCAGCAUCAACACCCCCAAGAAAUUCUUCGGCGCGCACCACAGAAUUGUGGACGGGCCAAACGGCGGCAGGUGUCUCGUCGGCUUCAACUUCUCUGAGGAGCCCUCUGGCGGCCUGCUCAAUUUCUUCGAGUAUGACGAGCAGUUUCAGCUCCUGCACAAGACCUCCAGGUUGCUAAAGGGGGCCACAUUUGGCUUCUUCCAUGACAUACUGGUGACUGAGAAUUACUACAUCGCGCUGGAGAACCCCAUCAGCAUGGACUUUGGCAAGCUGCUGACCAAGUACACCUUCGGCCGCGCCUGCCUGGCAGAGUGCCUGCAGUUCCAGGACCGCCCCACGCGAAUCCAUGUCAUCCCCCGCCCUGGCUUCAAGCAGCACAGCAGCGUGCCUCCAUCGGAUCACGUUCUGGAGACAGACCCAUUUUUCUCCUUCCACCAUGUCAAUGCAUACGAGGUGGAGGGAACGCCCCAGAUUGUCGUGGACACAGCGGCCAUGGACGGCGGCAUAGAUUUCAGCCUGAGCAUGGAGAAUGGCUCUGAGGCCAUCUACCAGCGCCUGGCUGGCAGAGCUGUGCUCACCCGCCUCGUGCUAGACCUCGCCACCGGCAAGGUGCAGAAGCUUCCGCUGGUGCCAGACAGGGCGGCAGAGCUGCCCUCAGUCAGCCCGGGAGUGUGUGGUAAGCCGCACCUGCAUUCCUACUCCGCUGCCAGCCGCGUUGUGGGGCCACCCAACUGGGGCGCUCUCCAGAUGGUGCUGAAGCUGAGCGCUCCCUUGGACUGGGGGCUUGAUGGGAGCGCCACGUCCCGGGACAGCAGCGCAAUACAGCAGGAGUCGUGGUGUCCCGGCCGUGACAGCUUUGCUCAGGAGCCCAUCUUUGUGCCUCGCCAGAAUGCAGAUAGUGAGGAUGACGGCUGGGUGCUGACAAUGGUGUACCGCGCGGCCAGCAACGCAACAGACCUGGCUAUCCUGGAUGCAAAAUGCAUCUCCAAGGGCCCUGUCGCCCUCAUACACCUGCCUCAUCACAUCCCCCACGGUAUACACGGGAGCUUCACAGCAGAGUAUCUGGGCCCAAAAAGCCCUGAAGAGGGAAAUGCAGCCACUUAUGACAUCAGCAAUGGAGUUGUGGACGAGCAGGGACAGCCAAAGUACUGCUGA